AUGUAUGCACCCGUGGACCUGCUGGCCUUCACAGAGGCUAUGGAUAAGCGCAACCGCUACCGCUUUCUGGACGAGAUGAGGCUGCCCUUUGCGGUCUCGAUGCUCAGCGAUGAUCCCGGUGGUGGCGCCGGCAAGUACACCUUUGUUUGGCGGGUCCCCAACCAGGAAAUCCUUAGAGAUGCCACUGCUCAAGCUCGCGUCGUCGGUGGACUGGCGCGCGAUCUGCCAACAUACCACACCCGUGCUAUGCAGCGCGAGUUCAAGGGAGUCAUGGACAGCCAAGCGAUCACAUCCAAGGUGUUGCGCUUCGUCUACGAGUAUCUUACUCAUGACGCUUCAGCUGCUAUCCACGCUAGGGAAGCGGCUGUGAACGAAAGAGUGCAUCAAAUCCUGCUACUGAAAAGCCCGGGCCUGGCGCUGGAUCUGAGGGAGCUGAAUGGACCGAAGGACUCGCGCUUUGAUGAGUUCUGGGAUGAGGUUGCAGUGAUGCUGGAUGAAGGUCGGGGCCAAGCUGUGAAUGACCGCAGGCACGGGAUGGUCACGUAUCUGGCGGAGUGGUUGUCAGCAAGGACCCUCCACGACGCGGCUGCGGCACGCCUCAAAGGCAAAACCCCGACAGCAGCUGUCCCAACCCUGCGGUGGUUCCUGUUCCAGUUCUGGCCCAAAAAUCCAUACUGCCAAGCUGCCCUAGCCUACACCGGCCGAUUCAUGAUGCGGUACGCCGUCCAGAGCCGCCUCUUGAGCAAGGACCACGAGGAUGGGCAGUACGGGGCGAUGCUCAAGCAGUACUUCUGCGGUUGGGCCGUGAAGUUUUGCGACGUUGCGGCGGUCGUGUGGCUGGAUGACAAGCACGCCGUGAAGGUCGGAGAGCCAGGACUUCCUGUCGCUGCGCUCGACCGAGGACGAAGGGUACUCCAGGCGACUGAUACGCCUGUGAUCGCUCUAGAUCACGACUUCACUCGUGGCAAGAUCGUCCCCUCCGUGGCCUUGCUCCAGAUUGGUGACUUGAUUUCGACGGCGAAGGACAAGUCAUUCUACCGGGGGCGGGUCCACGUGAUGCUGAAGGAUGCAGCGUUUGAGGCCUCCAGUCCCCUUUGCCACAUGGCGGAACUCAAGAGGAUUCUGGAAAACGCGGUUGUCACGAAAGAGGGCCCCCGGUUUAGUGCUCAGGUGCCCCUAGCCAGCGGGCCCCCGACUACCCAUCCAGCCCCCCCGCUGAGCGAACAUGCCCCCCCGACUGCAGACGAAGUACCUCCGGGUGACGGACGGGACCCCCAAACCCCCCCCGCGGUCUUCCCUGCCAGUGGUCAGCCUCCCCGGACAACUAACGAUGUUUCUCCAGCCAGCACACCGCCCGAUCUGACGACGGAUGAAGUUCCCCCGGCCGAGGAGCAUCCAGCCCCGACCGACAACGAAGUUCCCUCGUCUAGCGAGCAGGCCCCUCCAACCACAAGCGAAGUCCCUCUAACCAGCAGCCAGCCCCUUCCCCGUGUUCCCGCCAUGCCACCGCUCAGCUCCAGACUGCCCCCUUGGACUGCUCCUGGCUCAGUUUCCCCGACCGGUGGACUGCCCCCGACCCCAACAGUCCCUCAGCCCAGCGGUCAUCCCCCCCCGACCAGCAACGAAGGUUCCCUGGCAAAUGAGCAGCCCCCUUCGGCCCCCUCAACCAGUCGGGAACCCCCCCAGGUUGCUGACGAUGAGCACCCCCCUCUUGUCGACCAGGAGGUCCCUCCUGCCCUCGAAAUCUUCUCAGACGGUGGUCCAGACCAUCGGACCACCUACAAGUCUGUCCAAGUCAGCGCCAUCUGCCUCUUUCAGGCUCUGAAACUCGACUAUCUGCUAGCCGUCCGCACCGUUCCAUGUAACUCCUACGUGAACAACGAGGAGCGGAUCAUGGCGGCCACUAACCUCGCUUUCCAAGGCGUAGGGGUGAUGCGGAGCCCGAUGCUAGUCCCCUUCGAAAAGCACUUCAAGAAGGCUACCAGCUUGGACAAACUCCGGAAAGCGGCUGCGCAGAAACCAGGGGCUAGAGAAGCUUGGCGCGAGUCCAUGGCAUCGCCGAUUGCCCUUCUUGAGGGGCGGCUAGAGCGGCUGGAGUUGAAGGGGGAACCGUAUACAGUGGUCCCAUCGGCGACGGAGGAGGAGAUCGAUGCGCUUUGGAACGAGGUUUUGAAGGUCGACCCGAGCCUCCAAAGAGAAAAACUCCAGGCGGUCCACCUGAAAAACAAGGCGUCCUUCAACGCUUGGGUCAACAAGCACAUGCGGGUUGCGGCACUACUUCCUGGAAAUCAAGAAGUGCAAUGA